AUGGUUAAUGAGUCCUCAAAUUUGAAUGAGCUGAACCUUGUUCAGGUUCUUGAGCAGGCUAGUGAUGCUAGACACAUCGGAUCUGAAAGCCAAAAAUUGGCAGAACAUCAGCUAAAAUUGUGGGAGACAGAAAAAGGAUUCCAUUUUCUUUUGCAAUCCAUAUAUCUAGAUCUAUCCAUCUCGUUGAACAUCCGGUGGCUCGCCAUCAUUCAAUUUAAAAACGGCGUGGAAAAGUACUGGCGUUCUACCAGAGUCCAUGCUAUCUUGAAAGACGAAAAAGCUUCUAUUAGGGCACGAUUAUUCGAUCUCAUUGAUGAAAAUAACAGUCAAUUAUGCAUCCAAAAUUCGCAAGCCACAGCGCGCAUAGCCCGUCUGGACUUUCCCGGAGACUGGCCCAACCUUUUUGAAAUCCUUGAGCAAUUAUUCGAGAAUGAUUCGAUACUACGUGACAAUAUUAAGAUGUAUAAUCUUUUACUGAUCACUAAUCAGGUUGUCAAAGUUAUGGCCACUGCAAGAAUCGGUAGAUGUCGACCAGCCAUGCAGAGUAAAACACCUCUUAUUUUUUCUUCAAUCGUCAGAACCUACAUCAAGGCGUUCAAUGAAUGGACCUCGGCAACCAGUGUUGAUGAGGACAGCUUAUCUCAAAUUCAGGUAUCCUACCUUGCACUAAAAGUCCUGAGGCGUCUAACGAUUGAAGGUUACGAGUCACCGCACAGAAAUGAGCCCACUCGAGAAUUUUUACAGAUUUCCAUCGGUCAUUUUGAGACCCUCCUUUCACAUUACGAUAAUUACAAAAGUUUUGAUUCCUUUGAAAAAUUUGUACGAUGCUUUGGAAAGUUAUACUUCAACCUCAUAUGCACAUCGCCAUCAAAUUUUAUCCUUUUACCUUGUUCGCCGCAAAUUUUGAUUGCCUUCACAAAACUGUUGAUCGACCGCGCUCCCGACGUUUACAAUGAAAAUGCUGAAAUAAAUGGCGAUUUCUGGGAGCAAAUAGCCAUCCGUGGGCUCUUGAUAUUGAAAAAGUUAAUCAACUUCAUCCACAAGAAAGGAGCAGUUACGAUAAGAGCCAAAAACGAUAAGGCUGAAGUAGAUGCCGCUAUCCAGAGGAUCUCAGUAGACUUUCUGAAUGAGCAGCUUGUUAAAAAGUGGGUGGAUUUACUAAUGGAAUGGUAUAUCAAAUUGAGGCUGUCAGAGCUCGAGAACUGGUCUCUUGACCCUGAGGAGUGGAUGAAUGAACAGCUUUCCACCAGUUACGAAUACCAAAUAAGGCCUUGUGCAGAAAACUUUUUUCAGGAUCUCAUCAGCACAUUCCCAGAUUUACUGGUACCUUAUCUUCUAAACAAAAUUCAGACAGAAGUGAGGCAGUUGAGUAACACCAUGGAAGACUUGUUGAGAAAAGAUGCUAUUUUCGCAAGUUUCCAACUUAGUGCGACUACGAUAAGUGACUCAGUUGACUUUGAUUCUCUACUCGUCGAUGUCUUCCUACCGGAGGCAACCAGCUCGCAUAUCUCUCCAGAGCACACCAAGAUACUGAAGAGAAGAAUUGCGCUAGUUAUAAAUGAAUGGUGCACUGUGAAGUGCUCAGAAGAAAGCAAGCAAACGUGCUAUAAAUUCUUUUUACAGCUCUUGACCUCAGAAACUGAUCGGGUGAUACUAUUGACCUCGGUACAGACUCUUAGAACCUUAGUUGAUGAUUGGAAUUUCAAAAAGCAUGCAUUCCAGCCCUUUUUGGAUGACUUUGUCUUCGUUUUACUAAAAAGGAUACUACCCUCCGUAUCUCUCACCGAAACCCGCUUAUAUGUGCUCAAUACAUUGAGUGACAUUAUUAUCCAAACUAAGCCUUUAGUCACCAAAACCGUCCUCGUGGAGAUUCUGCAGGUGAUUCCUGAAUUAUGGGAGCUUUCCAUCAAGGAGCCUGGCGAGUCAAUAUUGACGAAUGCUCUAUUAAGACUUUUGCGACACCUGGUGGACUCCCUGGGUAAGCAUUCCUCUGCCACUUGGCAAAUUGCCUUACCCAUUACACGCGUUGCCUGUGACUCAACCUCUGCAUUUUAUUCUCUGCUCUACGAAGAUGGAUUUGAGUUAUGGCAAAGCCUACUGCAAAACUACUCAGUAGAAGAGCAACAACUUGAUACCUUGUUUUUCGAUAUUAUUCCAUUUUUGGACAAUGCCGUGCAAAAUCAAACUGAGAUUUUACCUACUCUCAUAGAGAUUGUUAAGAGCUAUACCUUGAUUUUAAGUGCUGAGCAGUUCAUGAAACUUGAAUCGUUUGCGCAUAUCAUAGCGUAUUUGUCAAAGUAUUUGCUAAAGCUUCGUGAUGAUUCCUUCGACCUAUUUCUCACAAUUUUAGAUGUCAUCACGUUGGUACAAAACCAAAAUGAUGUAAACUCUCUUACUGAAUUUUUGUCGAGGUCGGGAACGUUUACUGCCAUAUUCGAUGCUCUUUUUUGUGAAGAACCCGUCUCAACUUUUCAAGCUGGUCAACUGCUUAAAGUAAUGGCCAGAAUUGCAUUUCUCAGCCCGCCCACUGUGUUACAGAUACUUGAGGAAUAUCAAUCUUUGUUGCCAACGAUACAGCAAAAUGCCUAUGCCUCGUUAGAACAAAGAAAAACUCUUUACAGUGAUUCACCCUUUAAUGACCUCGUUGCCAGAUUUCUGAGCACUUGGAUUGUUUCUUUCAAAGACUUUUACGAGCCCAAGACCAAAAAAAUCCACAUUCUUGGUCUUUCGUCCAUGCUCCAAACUCUGGUAUUGCCCGUCCUAGCGGAAUUUCCAACCAUUGUCGCUAUAUGGGUCGAACUAUUAGAAGAGAUAAACGAAACAGCAGAGGGGGACUGCGAAAAGUUUCACCUUAAGGAUGCCGACUUCGGAAGGGAACUUGGUGACGAAUACAUUCCGUCAUGUGAACAACUGCGGAUUGGAGAGUUAUCGAAAACAAGAGACCCUGCUCACAAUGUGAGUCUGAAAGCGCACAUCAAUCAAACACUCGAAGUUUUGCAGAGUGGGUUGGGGGCUCAGUUGGGGGAGCUCUUGUCAUCCGUAGACGACGCGUUGCUGGAGAGUCUGAAGGUUUACUUGUCUAUACCCUCCCAAAUCCAUGAAUGA